AUGCCGGAUCUAGUUAUGAGAGAAAUAAUGAAAUACCUUGAUUUCGUGUCAAUUUGCAAACUUCAAAGAGUGUGCCACGCGUUCCGUGACUUCAUUGAUUGUGUAAAACCAGACAGUAACUUGAAAUCGAUCAACCUACAAGUGAGGGCAAAUAUGAUUUUUGGAAGUGUAGAAGUGAGGAAAUCACCACGCGUAUUAUUAUCGAAACCUGUCAAAUUUGACUACAAAGAGAAAGAUGAUGAAUGUGUUGUAAUAAGUGGUAGUCGGAAAGAUGUCUUCCCGAAAAACUUUGUUGAUAUGUGUGUUGACGAUUUCCUUUGGUGUGCACUGAAACAUCAAAAAUCGCUUCUCGGUGAGCUCUAUGUCGCAAAAAGAUUACUUUAUUAUUCGAACUAUAAACCUAUCCCACAAAACGCCGGGAAGUUUGUGGUGCCAACUUGCGACAAAUUAUUUGAUGGUUUGAUGAAGGUUCUGGAAUCCAGGAAUUGCCCACUUAAAGUAGAAUCUCUGAUAAUUUUGGUACAUGGACAAGAUCAACUGAUGCAAUUGCUUGGUCAUAUUGACUUGAAGGUGUUGAAACGUCUGGAAGUGUUCAGACUGUUGGAAAUAGAAGAAUUAUCGGAUUAUGGUGAAGAUAACAGCCAGUUUGUUUUGGAUCUCGAUAUACUGAAAAAUUGUAAAAAUCUGGAACACCUUCAUGUGACUCGCUUCUCCAUAUCCUCUCCAUUCCGCAUGUUUGCUCAUAUUCCUAAUCUGUCAGUUAACAUGCAAACAAUCUACUGUGAAGACGUAUUACGCUUCAUACAGACCACGGAGAAUUCGGACGUACAUGCUCACUCGGAAAUCCGAUUUGAACAAUUUCCCGACAAAUCUCGUUUUAUGGAAGUUAUUGGAUUGGCGGAAGAUGACGGUCGAUCGGUUCAUGUUUUCCCCAGUAAACUCUCUUUAACAUUCCAUCAUGGUUUGAAAUGUAUGGAUUUCAGUUGGGAAGACACAUCAUAG